CUCACUCUGAGCGGAUAGCAGAGCACCGACAGCCCGCAGAUCUCCAGUAACUCAAACCGGUUUUUAGCAACUCUUUGGACUUUCUUCAGCUUUGUAUCGAGGAUUUGGAGCAUGCAGAUUAAUCCCCGGGUGUUGUGGUAGCACCGUAGAGUCCGUCGAUACAGAGGAGGCUCACUUUUUAAAGUUUUUGGGGGAAUUCAAUUUCACUUUUCGCUGCAAUUGGGACCAGUGUUUGAGUUUGGUGAGUCCUUUCAGAGUAAAGAUGGUUCACAGAAUGCGCCAGAAUCCUUGAAGAUAAACCCUUGAAUGAAACCGGAUCUCCUUUGAUUAUUGUACCCACCUGGUGCCAUGGCUGCUCUAAAAGCUGAAGUACUUCUUCUCAGGUUUACAAUCCUCUUUCUUUGCUCGAGUGUGUGCUUGUGUCAGCGAGACUGCACCGGUGUGGACUGUCCUCAGCUGGACAACUGUAUCGAAGAAGUGCUGGACAGUGGCAGCUGUUGCGCUUCAUGUUUGCAGAAAGGAUGCAUGUGUGAGGGUUACCAAUACUAUGAUUGUCUCCAUGCUGGCUUCAAGAACGGCAAGGUGGCAGAGGGAGAGUCUUACUUUGUUGACUACGGCAGUACAGAGUGCCUCUGCCCGACAGGAGGGGGAAGAAUCAGCUGUGAUUUCAUCAGCUGUCCUGAUUUGCCGCCAAACUGCAUCGAUGUCUCGGAGCCUGUGGACGGUUGCAUGCAGUGCGAACGAGUUGGUUGCAUCUACGACGGGCAAAAGUACGACGCCGGGCACUCAUUAAACACUGACCCUUGCCAGGUUUGCCACUGUCCCCCUGAAGGAGGGAAAAUGAUGUGUUACCCUGUGCCAGAAUGUGACCAGAACAAGGUCCAUAACCCAAUGUUAGCUGAACCAACAGACGAGGACAGACACAAGAGUCACGCCGAAAGGUUUGACCAACAAGGGCGAACGGAUCAAUUCUCAACACCACAUCAACUUCCUCCCAACCUUCCCCUCUUCAAAACACUGCCUUCGGAGGGAAUAUUGCCCUUGAUGAAGGAGGAGUCAGAAGAUUAUGAUUAUAAUCCUACAGACUUUCCAGAGCCUUACCCACAAUCUCUAGCCUUCCCCACCCAGUCCUCUUCCUCCAAAAAGCUCAUAUCUGUGUCUCGAGGCUCUGACAGAACCACCGCCCUUAAGAGCUUUGAUAGACAAAACAAGCUGGAGCUGAGAGAGCGACACAAAGUUCAUGAACAUCCUGCAGACAGAGAGGAAGUGACGGAAAGUCCAAUAGGAGAACAGCAGAGGACUAUUAAGCCACAAACAAAAAUGGACACCACUUCUUGGCAGCCUUCACAGAGUCCAACAAGUGCUCAAAGUGUUUCAGUCGGUGAUAUCACAACGAAGAAAGAUCUGGAGAAUCCUCUGCAUGCGUUUGAGAGUUCAGAUAGUGUCAUAUUUCCACUCAUUCGGGAAUUAGGGAGUGAAAAACACCCUCUUUUGAGUCCAGAGAGUGCAGUUCAUCAUCAGAUAAGCUCUGAGACUCAGACUUAUAACCAAAGUGCAUCAGAGGGUGUGACGUCCAUUGAUUCAAAGAGUCAAAUCAAUGUUAGUCAUACAGUGAGAGCUAUAGACAGUCAAACCAAUCAAGAAAAUGUUCCACUUUAUAUGCAGAGCAGCCCAAAAAGCCCAAAUGUUGAAAAAGACUUACAGGGGACCAUAGCACCGGACAUUGAGGAAGGAAUGGAUGAAGAGGAGGACAAACUAGAAACAUCUUUUAGUGUCACUGGGCCUGAAGGAUUGGAUGUUCCCUACAAGAUAAAUCCAGCACCACAGGAGGUAAUCCAGGAGGAGUCAGAGGGCAGAGAUCCAACCAGUAGAAAGGAAAGGAUCACAACAAAGCCCACCACCAACUCCCCCACGACGCCCGACUUCCUGACAACCCCCGUGACCCAAAAAAUGAGCACGACCCAGGAAGUAUUAAGGGUCAAUCUGCAGGAGAGUGAGCCAUCGCAGAAGCUGGUUAACCUUCACAGUGAUGACCAGGAAGAGGCGGAAGAGGAGAGGAUUGACCGCCCUCUGCUCGUCCAAACUGAUGGAGGUGUCUCUGCUGUAGACCUGCUGCAGAGCUGCUGUACUGCCGGACAGAAAUGGGCCUCAGAUCAUCAACACUGCAAAAACAUGCCGACCAAUGAGAAGCAGUCGAUGUGCAGUGUUGCAGGAAAGCAGUGCUGCCUCAGCUCUUUGAAGGAGAUCCAGUGUCAAUCAGGCAUGACUUCAGCCAGGAGAGGAGACACCUGUGAGGGGGAGGAGGAUCGGUGCCCAGACGACUCUCACGAGGUUUGCUGCAGCUGCUGUGCGCUCGGACUUCAGGUUCGAAGUGAAGGAAAGGGAUGUGAAAUCCACCAGUUCCUGGGAUAUCCCUGCGGUCACAUCUUCCUCACCUGCUGCGAAGAGGAGGAAGGACUGAGCAAGGUCUCGCUGAGGAGAAAACCCAGACCAACGUCUAUUCCUAGAGAAGACUCUGAAGGCACGUUCCCCAGAGAGGCCUUCGCCAUCGGUGCCACAGAUGAGACUGCCAACGGAGUGGAGGAGCAGAAAGAUGUAGACGAGUGUCUGCUCCACACGGGGAAACUGUGCCAGCAAACAUGCACCAACACCUGGGGAUCCUUCCACUGUGGCUGUUAUCAGGGAUUCAUCCUGCAGGGGGACGGAAGACUCUGUGCUCCAGUGAUUCCUGAUGAGGAGAACAGAGUGAAGGAUUUCCGUCCUGCUGCCAUCCCAACAAUAACUCCUGCUACCACUACUGUCGAUAUUUCAACCAGAACCACCACCAGCAGACCUGUGCGCAUCAAUCCAUGCUCAGAAAAUGGAGGUUGCAGUCAGCAGUGUUUAGCAGUUGCAGACCGGGCUCUCUGCUCCUGUUUCCCUGGGUUCAGAUUGAAGAGAGAUGGAAGAAAGUGUGAAGACAUUAACGAGUGUGUUCUGGGAACCCAUAACUGUGGCAUUGGCUUCGUGUGUGAGAACACACUCGGCUCCUUCCUCUGUAAUCACAAACCAAAGUGCAUCACCGGAUUCUCACAGGACUCCCAUGGAAACUGUAUCGACAUCAAUGAGUGCCUCAGCCUCAGAGAGUUGUGCAGCUCUGGUUUUAACUGCAUCAACACGGUGGGGUCCUUCUCCUGCCAGCAGAAGACCAUCUCCUGCAGCCCGGGGUACAGCGCCAGCUCUGAUGGAGCCAAGUGUGUCGACCUUGAUGAGUGUCAGAUGGGGACAAACCGCUGUGGACUCGGUCAGAUUUGUCACAAUCUUCCUGGCAGCUACACCUGUGACUGUCAGACGGGAUAUCAGUACGACUCUCUGCGGAAACUCUGCACCGAUAUAAAUGAGUGCUGGCGUUUCCCCGGCAGAUUGUGUGGACAGACGUGUGAAAACACCCCCGGCUCGUUCCACUGCUCCUGCACUGAGGGCUUCUCCCUGGCUUUGGACGGCAAGAACUGUAAAGAUAUAAACGAAUGUGACAAGAAACCGUGCAGCCAGGAGUGCGCCAACAUCUACGGAUCAUAUCAGUGCUACUGUCGCCAAGGUUACCACCUGAAGGACGACGGACACACCUGUGAAGAUAUAGACGAGUGUUCUCAGAGCAUCGGGAGUCUCUGUACCUUCAGGUGUGUGAACGUAGCGGGCAGCUACCAGUGUGCCUGUCCUCCUCAGGGAUUCACCCUGUCUGCCAACAAACGCUCCUGCAAAGAUAUUGAUGAAUGCACAGCUGGAAACCACAACUGCUCGUACGAUCAGAGCUGCUUCAACCUGCAGGGAGGAUUCAGGUGUCUCUCCUUCCACUGCCCCAAAAACUACAACAAGGUGUCGGACACACGCUGUGAUCGGAUCAGCUGUAACUCCUUAGACUGUCAGAACUCUCCGGUCCGGAUCACAUACUAUCAGCUCAGCUUCCAGACCAACAUCAUCAUUCCCGCCCAGAUUUUCCGGAUCGGACCGUCUCCCAGUUACUCCGGAGACCACAUCUCCAUCAGCAUCAUCAGAGGAAACGAGGAGGGCUUCUUCAGCACCAGGAAACUGAACGGAUACACGGGCGCCGUCUUCCUGCAGCGACAAGUCAAAGAGCCCAAAGACUUCCUGAUCCACGUGGAGAUGAAGCUGCUGAGGAAAGGGAUGCUCAGCACCUUCCUCGCCAAAAUAUACGUCUUCAUCACGUCCGGUGCUGUGUAACACCUGAAGGAGUCAGGAGUCAGACUCAGAGUGAAUUGUCAGAAAAAAAGGAUUUUCCUAGCCACUUCAAAAACAUCAUGGGGUUAAGGAAAGAUGUGAAGGAGAAUUCAUGAGGAUUUAGGAACAAAGACUGAGAGAAUCUGACUGAAUUUACACUGAGCGAUGAUGAUGAUGAUGAUGAUGAUGAUGAUGAAGCACCAUUUCGAUGGUAUUGAUGUGCGUUUGUCGUGGGAAAACUACAAUUUUCCAUACAAUGGACUAAUAAAAGUGCAUCUAGAUACUUCGCCCUGUUUGUUUAUAUGCUGUUGCUUUAUAAACUACCUUGACAAAUAUAUUCUUCAUUACCAUGGUUGGAAUUGAAAUUAAAAAUGUAAGUAAAACUUGCUCGCACUCAGCGUCCUGAAAUAAAUGUAUUGUUGGACAUGAUCCCAAUAGAUCAAACUUCA